CAAUGAAUUCCUAAAACUACAAUCCAAUUCUUUUUAGUGGCCGUCUUGGUUUUAUAUGAAACGCCUUUGUAGUCAUUGUGGAAAGUCUUUUGCAAAUAUUUUAGUUGGUAGAGAAGAUAAAUACUUGUGUCGUUGUUGCUUUUUUGAAUAUUUUGAAGAUACAGUUCAUCGUACUAUUGUUGAAGAGUGUUUGUUGCAACCUGGCGAACGGAUAGCCAUAGGUGCUUCUGGUGGUAAAGAUUCGACUGUUUUGGCUUAUGUCCUGAAGCUCCUGAAUGAAAGGUAUUAUUACAAUUGGGACUUGUGGUUGCUUUCCAUAGAUGAAGGAAUACAAGGCUAUAGAGACGACUCUCUGAGAACGGUUGAACAAAAUAGAGAUGAUUACAAUCUCCCUUUGUAUACUCUAUCCUAUAGUGAACUGUAUAAUUGGACUAUGGAUCAAGUUGUUUCCCAAAUUGGAAGAAAGAGCAAUUGCACUUUUUGUGGUGUUUUUCGUAGACAAGCUCUCGAUAAAGGAACCGAAAAGAUUCAAGCUAAUGUUCUUGCAACUGGACAUAAUGCGGAUGAUAUAGCGGAAACAAUAUUGCUCAACCUUUUGAGAGGAGACCAUGCAAGAUUUUCGAGAAGUGUUAUGGAAGAGAACGCUAAUUAUCGCAUGAGUAUCGAUAGCGAUUCGAAGAAGAUUCGUCGAGUAAAGCCUUUGAAAAGAGUAUAUGAAAAGGAAAUAGUAAUGUAUGCUUACUUUAAGAAACUAAAGUAUUUUGCAACGGAAUGUAUUUAUGCACCUUUUGCUUAUCGAGGUCAUGCGAGGGAAUAUCUAAAGAGUUUGGAAAGGAUUCGUCCUCAUUCAAUAUCUGAUAUCUUAUAUUCAUUAUCCUGUAUUUCGUUGGAAGACUCCAAAACGAGAGUUGGUCAACAAUGUAUUCGUUGUGGAAGUAUUUCCAGUCAGAACAUUUGUAAAGCUUGUCUAUUGAGGACCAGUUUAGAUAGAGGUCAAGGAGUAUUAGCUGUGAAGCGUUCAGGAAUGGCUAUUUUGUCGAAGAAUACAGUUGAGAGUGAAAUUCCUCAAACCGUUUCAGAGUCUUCAACAGAAAGCAAUAUUUCCUAAUUGCACUUGGUUUCUAUUGAUUUUGUUGG